GCUGUCUGACUCAACUAGCGCAAGCUUAAUGGAUCUUGUGUUUGUCGGUUUUCUUCCUUCUCUGUUUUCUUUUUUUUGUCCUUUUCAUUUUCUCGUUGAGGAAGAACUUGAUUUUUCAAAGAGUGAAGGAUCUUUAGCUGGUAGCAUUAACAUUCUUUCCCCUGCUGGUUGCUGCAUUGGAUUGCUAUUCUUUUUGCUUUUCCUCCAAAUCUGACCCCGGUUUGUUCUAAACCUAUGCUCUGUAUUUAUUUCUAUUACAUGUAUUGUUAAAUUGCCUUGUUUAAACAACCAUUAGAGUUCCUCGAGUUGAAUCCUCUUGCUUUAAUUUCUAUUCUGGUGGAUGGAGAUUUUGUUCUUGCUGAAUCCUUAGCCAUUAUUAUGGUUGGUCCUCCAACUCAUGAUUUUAAUUUCCCUGUUUCUCUUAUAUAUUCUUAUUUAUAUUCAAUUAUUCAUGUUCUCUAUGUAUGCAGUAUUUGGACGAUAAGUAUCCUCAAUACCCUUUGCUACCUCAUGACGUUCCCAAAAGAGCACUCAAUUUUCAGGUUGCACAUAUUGUUUUGCAGAAUAACGUCAUUGAGAAAAAAGGUUGGCCCUCAUGAAAAACUUCCUUGGGCACAAAGUGUCAUUAGAAAGGGCUUCACAGGUGACACUUCACUGAAUACCAUUAAGAUAUAUUCUGCACUUGAAAAGCUACUGAAAGAUCAUGCAAGGAGAUAUGCCACUGGAGAUGAAAUUUUUCUGGUACUUGCAAUUCAUAUGACAAUGCUCAGUUACUAUUAUUAUACCAUGUGUGUUUGUAUGCGUAUUUUUAUACUUAAAUUUAGCUGCAGCACUUUAUGCAUCUUUGGGGGACUAUGCAUAUGACUGGUUAUGGGAAUCAAUUCCUUUUUGUGAUGAUAACAACUAUUAUUAUAAUAUUUUUGUACUUAAAUUUAUACAGCACUUAAAUUUUUAUACAAGCAUGUUUACUCAUCUUAAUUGGAUGUGGCAACCCUUUUUAAUGAACAACUAUUAUUAUAAUAUUAGUAUUCCUUUGAAAGCAUGUCUUUGGAAUGUGAACUUGGAUUUUUACCUUAGCAACUUGUAAGGGAUCUUUCUAAGUAUAAUAAUUGGAUGAUCAAUUCUUCCU